AUGAAAACGGAUAAACCAUUGAUAAAUGCUUCCACAGAUACGUGCAACACAAUAGAUAAUGAGGUGGAAACUGGGGACAAAUCGUCACCAAUCAAAGUUUUGAGUGACGGCAAAUUACUAGGCAACCUUGAUGAAUCAGGCUCAAUGAAAUGUGAUUACCAUAAUGUUAAGACCUGGGUCAGAAGACUAUCGAGCGAAACAAUUGUUGGUGACGAUGCAAAUAAUCUCUACCCAUUUUAUGUCGAUACUGCGUACAGUGUUCGACGUUUGAGAAAAGAUAUUAUAAACGCUAAAGUUAGACUGCACGUUGAAAAUUUAAUCAUUAUCUGUAACAUUAAUGACGUUUCCACUGUAUUUCUCAUGAGAGAAGCAGUAGAGUGGAUCCUACGCAACUUUCCAUCAAUAACUGUAUAUGUACAAGAUAUUUUCGAAAAGUCGACCCAGUUUGCUGCCAACGAUCUCUGUAAAGAUAGCCAUUGCAAUCAAAAUAGAAUAAGAUUUUGGUCAAGGGAUUUUGUUCAAAAUCAUGAUUCGUUCUUUGAUUUGAUGAUCACAUUAGGAGGCGAUGGAACUGUACUUUUUGCUUCAUCUAUGUUCUCUAAAGAUGUUCCGCCGAUUGUUCCAUUUUCUCUUGGAUCAUUAGGAUUCUUAACAAAUUUUGAAUUCCAAAAGUUCCAGAUUACAUUGAGAAACAUCUUAACAGAUAAAGUCCGUAUUAAUUUACGAAUGAGGCUGCAAUGUAAACUUUAUCGUAGAAAUAAACCAGAAAUUGAUACCAUAACUGGGAGAAAAGUGUGUUUCAUUGAUUUUGUUUCUGAGCAUCACGUGUUAAAUGAAGUAACCAUAGAUAGAGGUCCAGCUCCUUGUUUAUCUUUACUAGAACUUUAUGGACACGGCUCAUUGAUGACCAAGGUUCAAGGAGAUGGAUUGAUCGUUGCAACACCCACAGGAUCUACAGCGUAUUCAUUGAGUGCGGGCGGAUCUUUAAUAUCGCCGAGUGUGAACGCCAUAGCGGUGACGCCUAUAUGUCCCCAUACUUUAAGUUUUAGACCUAUAAUUUUACCAGACAGUAUGGAAUUAAAAGUUAGAGUAGAUAUGAACUCAAGAGGGACGUCGUGGGUCAACUUUGACGGUAAGGAUAGAGUUGAAUUGAAGCAGGGUGAUUAUGUAGUAAUAACUGCAAGUCCAUAUGCAGUACCGACUGUCGAAUCAUCUCCUAGUGAAUUUUUCGAAAGUAUCAGUAAAAAUCUUAAUUGGAAUGACCGCGAGGAACAGAUGCCAUUUGCACAUAUUCUUUCUCCAAAAAAUCAAAAAAAGUACAACAUAGAUUCAUCAAAAUAUGAAAACGACAAUAUAAGUCCCUUCUCUGAAAGCCCGUUCUCUGAAAGCCCAUUCACAAGUUCGGAUGCUGAAGAUGAAGAGAAAAAUUCCGUGGCAGGAACAGAGAUGGUUGUUGAACGGACUCGUCAAGCUUAUUUCGCAGUUUGA